AUGAUUAUACAGACCCUAGAACAAGAUAAGUUGAAGUUACCCAUCGUGAGACACGAUGUUCGCAGGUAUUUUGAUCUGUCCAAAUUUAAAUUAGUCGAAUUUCAGACUCCAAAUAACCAUGAGCGUGAAUAUAUUAUCCCGACAGUCGAUACAGACGCGGAAGAUAUUAUAAAAUAUGAACAUGCGUUAAAAACACAAGUUGCCAUAGAAUACAAACAUGAAAUCUCAGACAUGAUUAAGAAGAAAAUACUAGUCGUACGCACGCUAAAAAUUAUUAAGAUUAUGAAGAUUCCUAUGGACGAAUAUAAGAAGAGCUCUAAACUUAACGAGGCUUUACUUCAGUUGAAUAAUUUAUUCACCAACAAGAAUGAUCCAAAGAAUGAUGAUGAAGUUGGCACCCGUAUGAUGAAGAAACAAAUUUUUGGAAAAUCAGGCUUCUCGGGAAAGAGUAUUAGAAAGAGGAUAGCUCUCUACAUGCCCAUAGACUUCCAGAUGGACGUUAUUAACUACAACGAUUUCCUCUUCACUUACCAUCCCAAUAUGGAUCUAAUGAAAAAACUUGACCGACAGGCCAAUUAUUUCGACAUUGGCAUAUUCAAUUAUAUAGGAUCGCAUUUCAUAGCCCUCGGCCACUUCAUCAUUCUCAAACUGGCCCACAAGCACUACAAUAAAUUUUUCGAAAUUGGGAAUCUCAAGUUCCACAACUGGCAUAGCAUCCUAGGAUUCAACCAUUCGGACAGAUACAAAGUGUUGGAUCUUCUAUGUGACGAAAGUAAUUCUUACGAAGGAGAUAAAAAGAGAAGAGAACUCUACUUAAAAAAUAACAUAUCCUCCACUACAGAAGAAUGCACCGUUUUGGAGUUCCUUAUACAUCACAUCAAUAAAUACCAAAUGGAGUUAUUUACGAAUGCCUCCAAGCUCAACUUAAAUUUGCAAAUGUUAAUGGAGAAUACGCAUUUAAAAGAAAAGUAUUUUAGCUUCAUGUGCAAAAAGGAUACCGGUGAGCCUUGUUCUAUCUAUGAUGGUCCUAAAUUUAAAGAAGGCGAUGAGGAGCAAAUGCCAUUUGUAGACAAUGAUAACUAUACCUUCAAACCGACCCAACUUAUUUCCCCGGUAAAGGACAAUCCUUAUGAUAUUUAUACAAACUAUUUCAACUUUAUAAAGUAUUAUAACGAGUUUAAUAGGGACCAUGUUUUGUACAUCCACCUGCUCAACAUUAUCGGCUUGUUCAAUGGAGAUAUGGGUGCCUAUGUUAGCUCUCUCUACCUACCGGGGUACUACAACGCGAUACAAUUGGCUUACGAAGAGAACCAAUCGAUGAAGGAACUCUCCGAUAACCUCGUAAAAUGUGUCGAAAUGUGCUACAGUAGGACUAUGCAGAAGAAAUCCAUUGUAUUCAAAAUCAGCUCUCUAUUUAAAAAGAAAAAGUUCGACUCUUCCAAGUGUAACAUAUGUGAAGGAACCCUGUUCUACAUUAACAACCAAGUGCAGGACAGUAUGUCCAUGUUACAAAAAUACAACGGAUACAUGUCCAAGGUGCUCAAGGUCAACGUCGUAAGCCACCUCAUUAGGUUUAUGAAUAUAUAUGAAGAGUACAACAGCUUCCUAAUGCACGAUUUGAACUGGUUUACAUUUCUCCUUCUAUUUAGAAUGACUACAUAUAAAGAAAUCGGGCAAUACAGUAUAUCCAACGCCAUGUACCUGGACAUUCAAGACGAAGACACGCGCAAUAGGACUAUGGUUACGUACCACUGGUAUCCCUCCUACUUGAAGAAGUACAUAACAAAUCGCACGAGGAAGAACGAAGCAGUGAACCUGCUGAAAGAGCUCGAAAAAAUGAUAGACAAAGAUAUCUUAGAGAAGAUGAAGAAGUGCAUUAAGUUUGUAAUCCACGUGAACUCCAUCCUACAGAUGGACUUCUUUUAUUACCUGAACGAAACACCUCUAGGACAGCAACACCCAUAUGGUUUGACGAUGGAGAUCGAAGGGAAGUUCACCGAUUGGUUCUCGAACUACAUGUACAGCUUUCCCUUAAUAAAUUACGAAGACCCCAAGGGAAGGUACAACAUGCCAGAGCAACAGAAAAAAGGACAGUUCGUUGCUCCCAAGUAUAGUAAGUGGAAUUUACACUUGAAGAAAAUUAUCGAGCAGUCUUUUAUCAACCAGUUUAAUCAAAAACACGUAAAAAAUUUAUUCAAACAUUUUGGCACAUACAACAUAAGUAACAAAAUAAUGCUACUCAGAGAUUCAUAUGAACUCUAUAUAAAGAAUUUUGAAAAUAUUUCUUUCCUUGGAGAUAUUAUGCUUCUAAGGAAAUUUUUUGGUGCUACUCCUAAAUCGAUUAUUAUAAGGCAGAAGAUGCACUACUUCCUUCACAACAUCUUUGGAAACCCUCUGAACUUUUACAAAUUCGGUUUAAUCUAUGGGUACACCUUUGACAAGGUUUACCUCAAAGAAGUUGUGGAUGCAUUGCAUGUGAUUUAUCAGAUGAACCAGGCUAUUUUCACAGAAAUAUCCUUCCUACAGACUGUUCGUUUACUCUUCAGGAAAAUUCAAUACAGCUUCUUCUCCCACAGAAGAAACGACGACAUAAGCAUGAACAACAUCUUCUUCUUCAAUGUACGCUAUGAUUACUCCAAGCUGAAAAAGGAAAUGAGAGAGGAAGAAAUCCACCAAUCCAUGGCUUCCAGAUUUUAUGAAAAAACUAUGUACACUCUAUUUCAAAUGAUGUUCGUUACACGCAUAAGCAAACACAUAAAUAAGUUAGACAGAAAGUUUGGAAAUGCUAGCAUGCUAGGUCUGGCGGUGGAUGAGGAACCGGCACUCCAAUUUAAGUAUGUCUACUAUGGCAGUAUGUUCGAUAGCAUGUUAAAUGUCUUCUUUCCUAUGUUUAUAAAGAAACCUGUUGUUCAGCUCAAGUACGGAAAGACCUUUGUACUUGCCAACAUGUAUAAGUUGGCAUCUGAACUCUUUGCCAUCUACAAUUUGAACAACUUGAGUACACUCUGUGAUUAUCAAUCCAUGACCAGUGCUAAUACAUAUGUCUUUAAUAAGACGAUGAAGUUCCUCGACAAGAAGUUUUUGCCCCUUGUCGUGGUGGCCUUCUUUAUGAAAAUCAACUUGGAGAUAAAAGAAGCGAAUGCAGGAGAAGGAUUCUGGAAGACGUACUACAGUUCCCGAUUUGAGGGACCAGCACAGAUGUCGCAACAUUUCGCCUACUUAUCCUUAUAUACUGGUGGAAACAUAUUCAUGCGGAACCAUUUAUUCUUCCCGAAUCCGCUGGGCCAAGAGCUGUCAAAGCAAACAGAAGGCCUCGUAAAUGCUCCUCCAAGGGAAAAGCCAGAGACGCAUCGAAUCAGUGGAUUAGUUUUAAUUGGAAUGGUCCACUCUCUUUCAAUCACAUUCUUCAUUUUUACUCUUCUAAGGUGGUAUGCCUUUUACGACAACGUUAUUUUUCUAAUACGAAGCACUUUCCGUGUUUUCGAUAGAUUCUACACCAUCCUGGAAAAUUAUGUUAACGUAUUCAUAAAAAGAAUGUACAACCGAGUUACAGCGGAUAUUCUGCUCAAGUCACUCAGACGGGCCUACGACAGAGCCAAGAAUGAGGGCUACUAUGAGGAGGGUAUUAAGGCCCGACUUAGCGACAAACAAUUUUCACAAAGGGAAGAAAGUCAGGAGUGUUCAGAAGCACCUCCCGUCUUAACAGAAGUCGACAUCGAGUCUGUUCAGGAAAAUAGCAGUCUAUACUACGUAGACAAUGAGUCCAUGUUUGAAGACCUCGAUGAUGAUGAGCAGUUCUUAAACGAGAGAGAUAUUAUUUUUUAUGAGGAUAACGUUGACAAGAGGGGUAUUUACAAUUAUGUCCCUGUAAGUGGUCCGCAGUAG